AUGGAAAAUAUUGAUGAGAAAUAUCGUAAACCAAGAAGAACAAAGGGAACCCCUUCAUAUUAUUAUCGCAAUCGAUUUGCUGCGGCAGGAAUUGUUACGGGAAGUUUACUCUUUACGUUGUGGUACUUUACACCAAUAUUCCAAGGAGCCUCCGAGAAAUUUGCCCGGGAAUAUUUGACAAUAACAGACGAGGAAAAGGAUCGUAAAUAUACAUUUAAUCUAAAAGCAAAUCCCCGUACAUCUCGAGCCAUUCAAGAAACCUUGGAAGAAAAGAAGAAAUUGAUUUCGGAACGCUAA